UUUGCUUUUCAGUAUAGUAUUUGUUUCGAGCAUCGAAAUUGAGUAGCGUCAGGUGAACAGUAAUCAUGUCCAGGUCACAGAAGUCGGUGGGCAGCCAGCAGCGGGAGCAGCGGGAGCAGAAAAUCCCCCAAAUACCGCCCGACGGGAUGCUAAUAUAUGGCAACGGGCUCGUCUUUGGUGGCAGUGUUUAUCCGGUUCUGGUGGACGGUGUACCCAUGCAGGCGCCCGUCGAUGCUCAACAGGCUGCCGCCCAGCAGCGCUGGCAGAUGAUGCACAAACCAGUCCACGUUCCCGGCCAGAAGCAGCAGCGACAGCAGCAGCGACAGCAACAGCGGCAGCAACAUGAGACUGGAUGGGGGUACGCGAACAUGGCCCCGCGGCAUCCACAUUCGUGCGGACCCAAAACACGGACCAGACUACAGUCCCAGCCGCCACGGAACCGCGCUCCCAACUCCCCACUCAGCGAAUAUCCACCUCAGUGUCCACCACCAACUUCGAGUGCCCCCAACAUAACGAGGGGCAGCAAGAGGGGGUACGGGGGGAUGCCACAGCAACAGCAGCAACAGGGGAUGCCACAGCAACAGCAGGAAUACCAGCAACAGCUGCAGCAGCUGCUGCAACUUCAAUCAGCCAUGGACGGACAUUACAACUACGGAUACAUGACCAAUGCGAACGAUGCCGGGGGCUGGUCCGGCUAUGCCAUGAUGCCGCCAAUGGUGGCCAACAGACCGUACACGUUCGGCUGGAGUCCACUGGACUGAGGCGCAGAGACCUGUGGCGACCAGGAACCAUGUUUUCGGGGAACAAAGAUAUCGCGAGAACAACAAAAUUAAAGUUUUCAAAGCAGAAUUAGCCCUAAAAACA